GUUAUUAAAUAUGGAUCAUUGCGUCCAGUCUUUACAGUCCUGUGCCAGCUGCCCCUGCCCCUACCUGCAUUAUAUGCCUUCCCCCUACCCUCCCGGGCUGUUGGGAGGAGCUGCACCUUUCCCCCAUAGGAUUGGCAGUGGCACUGCGAGUAGGCGGAGAUUCCAGGACCGGCCCAUUCUGCUGCUGCUGCUGCUGAGUGUGCGCUGCAAUGGGGGAUCCGGGGCUUCCUAGUGACACAGGCCGGACUCAGGACAAGAAUCUAACCAAUGGCUGCAGCGAUGAGCAGGAGCCUUUUCUCAGGAAAAACCCCCAAAGAUUUGUCAUCUUCCCAAUCCAUUACCCGGAUAUCUGGAAAAUGUAUAAGAAGGCCCAAGCCUCAUUCUGGACCGCGGAGGAAGUCGACUUAUCCAAAGAUCUUGCGCACUGGGAAAAGCUAAAGUCGGAGGAGAAAAACUUUAUUUCGCACAUUCUGGCCUUCUUCGCUGCUAGUGAUGGAAUAGUGAAUGAGAAUCUGGUGGAGCGAUUCAGUCAGGAGGUGCAAGUCCCAGAAGCUCGCUGCUUUUAUGGCUUCCAGAUUCUCAUAGAGAACGUUCAUUCUGAGAUGUACAGCCUGCUCAUAGAGACCUACAUAAAAGAUCCCCACAGACGAGAGUUUUUAUUCAAUGCCAUAGAAACGAUGCCGUGUAUAAGGAAGAAAGCAGAGUGGGCACUAAGGUGGAUAUCUGAUCGAAAAGCUUCCUUUGGAGAAAGAGUCGUGGCAUUUGCUGCAGUAGAAGGAAUAUUCUUCUCUGGGUCCUUUGCUGCAAUUUUCUGGCUAAAGAAAAGGGGUCUCAUGCCUGGACUCACCUUUUCCAACGAGCUGAUCAGUAGAGAUGAGGGUCUCCACUGUGACUUUGCCUGCCUGAUGUUCCAUUACUUGGUUAACAAGCCUACAGAAGAGAGGGUCGCUGAAAUUAUCGUUAAUGCCGUCAGAAUUGAGCAGGAGUUCUUGACGGAAGCCUUGCCAGUGAGUCUCAUUGGAAUGAACUGUACAUUAAUGAAGACUUACAUAGAGUUCGUAGCUGAUCGUCUCCUUGUAGAACUUGGGUUUUCAAAGGUGUUUAAAGCAGAAAACCCCUUUGAUUUUAUGGAGAACAUUUCUCUGGAAGGGAAAACCAAUUUCUUUGAGAAGCGGGUGUCAGAGUACCAGCGUUUUGCUGUCAUGGCGCACACAGAAGACAACGUCUUUACACUGGAUGCAGAUUUCUGAUUCGCUAGUGAAAUUGUCAGUAGACUAGAGGCUUUGGCAGAGGCAAGAGCAAGCUUGCUAUGGAGAUGGGCAUUUCUCUCCAAUAUCUCAACAUUGAGCAAGUCUUGGGGGCCAGCUCUGCCUUUGUUGGCAGCGGUAACAUCAGAAAUCCACAUGGCACUUUAAAGGUCCUCCUACAAGUUUGCUAAAUGGGGCCCCUAAAUCUGUAAUACUGAACGUUCUAAAAUACUCCUUUACAGCCCUUGGGAAUGGUGGUGCCCAGUACAACUAUGAGCCCUGAUACCUGCAUGAUGGGUGUCUCUGUAAGUAUCACAUGUGUAGCGAUCAGCCCCAGUUUAUUAUCCAAAGACUCAUUAUACGGCUAAAGGUGCUAAACUGCCCGAGUGCAAUUACCCAUAUCAGAUAUUUGCCUUCAUUUUCAAUAUCUUUUGGCAGCCGCAGUCGUGCAGUUUAGCUCCUGUGUUAAUAAAGUGCACUUUCCAACACAAAAUGAUGGUUAAAAAAGAAAAUCAAAAUUUUCUUGCCAUGAUUACAAUGCAGAGCUGAGAUUUGCCUGCUGGGAGCUGUGGGUGGAUUAUUUUGGUUAUUUUAGCUAUGUAUAGCUGCAACUAUGGGUUUCAGCACUGGCUAGACAUUGAACUGGCGGCAAACUCAGAGUGGGCAGUAGGGGUUGGCUGCAGAACAAUUCUAAUUAAGGUUCACAUACCUUUAUAAGAAAGUGCUGGCAGCCACCUGAGCACAGUGAAACCGCUUGACGUAGCAGCUGCGCUAUUUGUCCUUGUCUCUUCUCAGUCUCCCAAUGGAAGCUGCUUUGCGUCUGCCACUUACUAACUACCGGACAAAGUGUAAUGUGAUUUGCAACACUUGCCUUGGUUGUUCUCUUUGGACUGAAAUAUGAAUGGAAAUCAUUCGAUCGGUUAGAUAUAUUACAUAUUCUGUUCAUUGACUGCCCAGUGUUUAUAUAUUUGCACUUGAGUUAAACGGGGAGUUAGGCAGAACAAUGUCCAUAUUUAAA